AAGAGAGAGAGAGGGAGAAAAGAAAAAGAGGCAAAAGAAAAGAGUGUCUCGUAGGCUUUCAACCAAACACGACCUUAUCGAUCCCCAUUCCAUUUCCACUCGUUUUUCUCGAUCCGAUUCUCUCGGCGCUCGAUAUUUUAAUUGUAUGAACCAUACGAGAAUCAUUCAAUCUUUCUCUCUCUCUCAGGUAUACUCUAUAUCUCUCGCUCUCUACAGUUCGUUUUUUUUUUUUGGCUAUUGUUGUUUGCGUAGGGUUUCUCUGCGGUUCGGAUUAUGUAAAUUUUGUUCAGUGUUCAAUAAUCUUUCAUACAGUUAGGGUUUCUGUCACUGUGAAUUGAAAUCUGUGAGAUCAGGAUUUUUUAGUGCAUUGUUUGGUUGGUGAGAAAAAUGAAGGAAAGUGAGGCAAAAAUGGAAAUAAUUUUUAAUUUACAAAAUGUUUUUUUAAUAUUUAAAUAAUCAGUUCUUGCCCACCACUUGUUAAUCAAACUUGUAGGGGCAACUGACCCCACCCGUCAGAACUAGUUACGGGCAAUCCACUAUAUCAUAUAGUUGUAACCAUGACAUUUAAUUUCUUGAGGAGAAGUCUAGCCUUCUCAUCAGUUGUGAAUUCUAAUUUUCCUUUGAGGGUGUGUCGUUUUUGCUCCACAACAAUUCUUGAUAAAGAGACAGACAUAACAACACCUUCAGUACCUUCUUCUAGUUAUUCUAGUAGUCUUCAUCUCUCUCCAUUGUUUACUGAUGAUGAUAAAGCUCAUUCGGGUAGUUAUGAUAUCGAGCUUGUGGAUCAUGAUACAUGGAAAGUUUCAUCGGGUUUAGCACAAGCUUGGCGAGAAGUAGAUGGUGGUUCUUCAGUGGGAGCAAAUUCUCUUAUGGUUGAUGAACAAGUUGAUUCUUGUUUUGAAGUUGUUGAGUGUGAUCAGGACUUCGAUGACAUUGAUAAUAUGAGAAUUCGUGGCAAUCUGUUUUAUAAACUUGACCGGGAUUCCAAGGAAUUUGAGGAGUACAAUCUUGAUUUCCACCGGAGGAAAUCUUCAAAUCGAGAGAAUGGUCCAAAGGAAUGCAAAAAGGCAGAGAAAAAGGAAAUUCCAAGUGGUAACAUGGCUCCAAGAGUUGAAAAACUUCCUAAGGCAGUAAGCAACAAAUUUGUUAAGUCUCCACUUGAUGAAAUGGAUAAUGCUUGUGUUGGUAACAAGAAGCUAAGGACUCCGACUUAUAAUCAGCUUACGGGUCCUUACCACGAACCUUUUUGCUUGGACAUUUACAUAUCCAAGGCUUCUGUUCGUUCCUGUGUUAUUCACAGGGUGACAAGUAAGGUUGUUGCUGUGGCACAUUCCAUUUCUAAAGACAUGAAGUUUGACCUAGCUUCAACUAGGAAUGUGACUGCUUGUGGUGCUGUAGGGGCAGUUCUGGCUCAGAGAGCAUUGGCUGAUGAUAUUCAUGAUGUGGUUUACACUCCAAGGAAGGGGGACAGAUUGGAAGGGAAGCUUCAGAUUGUGCUUCAAUCUAUCAUUGAUAAUGGUAUCAAUGUGAAGGUGAAGCUUAAGCAAAAGAGACCCAUAAGAGCAGGAGAAAAUUUUAGUGAAGGCCCUUUGAAGAAGACAAGGACCUACAACUACAACAAUACAAUUCCAACCCCAAAGGUUGUAAGAUUCUGAGUGUAGUUUUGUUCACCUCUCUCUGCUCUACAACUAAACAAAGGACUAGACGAAUUUAGUCGACCGUGGUCACAUGAUUCUGUAGCAGGCUCAGUUAUUUAUUCGGGUGCUCAAUAUUGUCUUGCAUCAUCUCUUGUACAAUCAUUUGGAGUUCUUGGAUUUGUUCUUUGUAAUGUAUGAAUAACAAUCAAAUCUUAAUUGCUGCACAUCCUUCUUCUUCUUCUUCUUCUUCU